CAAAUAUUCCACCAGUAAGAAUACAGAGAGACAGAGCUAUAAUCCUCUGUGUCACAGUCUAUUAUAAUAAUAUAAUAUACACACAGAGAGAAUAAAAAAACCAGUAUUUGAAAUAGAAGAAGAGUAGCUACCACUCCACUCUUUUCGUCUCUCUCUCUUUUUCUCUCUAUAUACGUCGCCAUUGUUGUUGCAUUCGAAGCUUUUAUAGAAGAAGUAAUCUCUCUUUUUCUCUAUUUCUCUGUAUUACUUUCUCUUUUUUUUUUCGUGAUGGAGAAAAACACACCGGUGAGGAAACCACACAUGUCGACGGCGGAUCUACUCACUUGGCCGGAGAAUCAACCGUUUGAGUCUCCCGCCGCCGUAUCUUCUCGCUCCGCCGCCAGAUCGCACCAGCCGUCGGAUGGAAUAAGCAAAGUCGUAUUUGGAGGACAAGUUACAGAUGAAGAAGUUGAGAGCUUGAACAAGAGGUGAGUGAUAGAGAUCUCACGAUUUUUUUUUUGUAUUCGAAAUUUAGAAAAUAGUAGUAUUAAUCAGGAAGAAAACAAAACGGUACGAUAAUUUAAUAAAUGCGAAACAACAGUAAGUACGAAGAAUCUGUCAAUUUGUUAACAGAUGAUGAUGAUCCUGUCGUUAUUUGGACUGACCCUAUAGAAUGUUUUUUUUUUAGGUAGGAAAGUGUUUGAUUGCCAUAAUUAGUGUCCUUAAUUAUGAAGCAUUUUUGGUAUAUCUUCAAUUUAAUUUCCGUUUUUGAUCUUCUUUGUAUCGUUCACGCUUCUCUAAUUUUGUUUUUUUUUCCUCCUAAUUUAUUCUUUUUUUGGUAACCAAUGAUCCGGUCUAAUUCUGAUUCAAAAACCCAAAAUUUUAGUAUUUUUACCAUUUUUAAUAAUUGUUGCUUGAUUGGUUAGGAAAGUUAUAUAAAUAUUUUGGAACCAUGGGUUAAGUUUUAACCGCAGUUAGUGCUUUCGUUAGUAAAGUUAACAGACGUUAACUUGAAUGUAUGAUUUUACCAAUUUUCUUAAAACGAAGGUUUUAAAAAACACCAAAAUUAAAUGAGGUAUUUUAGUUACAAAUUUAAUAUUACGCUUAUUAAACGGCCAAAAAUAAAUUAGAUGGCGGUUUUUUCCCCAAUUUUUUGUUGUUAGUGUUUUUGGCAAUGAAUUUGAUCGUAGGAAGCCUUGGUUAAUUGAUUCAAUCUCCAAUAAAUCUUUGGUUAUUUCUGGUUUAGAUUGGUUAUUGUACUUGGUUUAAUAUGGGUGUAUUUAAGCUCAUCUUUGUACACAUGUUACAUUCAAUGAAAACGUUACUAUGACAUGUUAUAGAUAGAUUCAUUGUUAAUUUUUUUGGUUGAGUACACAAUUUGUAGGAAGCCUUGUUCAAAUUACAAGAUGAAAGAGAUCACAGGGAGUGGAAUAUUCUCUGUGUAUGAAGAAAAUGAUGAUUCUGAGUUAGCAAGUGCUAAUUCCGCCACAAACGGCAAAUCAAGAACUUUCCAGCAACCACCAGCAGCAAUUAUGAGUCACAUUUCAUUUGGAGAAGAAGAGAUUGUUACACCGAAAAAGCCAGCGACGGUGCCAGAAGUUGCAAAGCAACGUGAGCUUAGUGGUACAUUGGAGUAUCAAUCUGAUGCUAAGCUUAACAAGCAAUUCUCAGAUGCGAAGUGUAAGGAACUAAGUGGUCAUAACAUCUUUGCUCCACCACCUGAGAUCAAACUUCGUCCUACUGUUCGUGCUUUGGCUUAUAAAGACAACUUCGACUUGGGAGAAUCCGAUACCAAACCCGAUGGGGAACUAAAGACGGCCAAGAAGAUUGCGGAUAGGAAGUUUACAGAUUUGUCGGGUAACAACGUGUUCAAAAGCGAUGUUUCGUCUCCCUCUUCCGCCACGGCUGAGAGGCUUCUAAGCACGGCGAAGUUGAAGGAGAUAAGUGGCAAUGACAUAUUUGCUGAUGCGAAGGCUCAGUCUCGUGACUACUUUGGCGGUGUUCGUAAACCACCAGGCGGAGAAAGCAGCAUUGCAUUGGUCUAAACCCCAAUAAUAAUUAUAUAGCUCAAGAUUAAAAUUCUCUACAAAACUUAGAAGGUUCUAACUAUUUAUCUUCAUUAAUAGAUUAUGUACUUUUGGAUGUUUUUAUUUCUAUAUUUUCCGGUUUUGUGUGAUUGAAUGGUUAUGAAUUGAUCUGAGUUUGUUAACCGGAAAGCUAAUCUGGUCUCUUAGGAAUUUGUGGAGUUUGUUUGUUUUUUGUGAGUUCAGACUUUAACUAUGAGUCCAUUGUUUGGGUCUGUCUCUGUAUUUGUUGGGUACUUGAUUGAUUUUGUUGAUUAUUUUGGGGCUAAUCUGUUAUUUAAGAAAAAGAUUGUGGACCGUUUCGACAAAAGCUGUCUUACACGUUUGGUGCAGUGGAUAGGACUGAGAGCAGAUACAUAAGAUUGGGAAGUCUGUUUCUUUUUUGGAAAGGAACCUUUGGCCAUGGUCUGUCCCAAAUGAGAAAUCUAUGUAUAUAAUAUAAUAUUUUGAAAAAUGAGUUGCUUU